GGUUUCACUUACGGUAGAACUCCUUUUCAAUUGGGAAACAAAAGCAUUAAUUCCAACAGAAUUAUUCCUUCUUAUAAAAUUCCUUUACGCCGAUUGCCCCACUCCCUCUUCUUCCUUAUAGUUCCCUGAGUUGCGAUCGGCUCUCAGAUUCUACUGACCGAAACUUCAGUUGUCAAUUGUUUGAUCCCUUUCUCUGAACUGUUUAUUUAGUCAUAUAACUAUACAACAUGGCGUCAACGGAGGGGCUGAUGCCUAUAACAAGAGCAUUUUUGGCUUCUUAUUAUGAUAAGUACCCAUUUACCCCUCUCUCUGAAGAUGUUUCUCGUCUUUCUGAUCAAAUUCAUUCCAUGGCUAAUGAUCUGCACGAGGAUUCUCCUUUGACCGAAGGAGAAAGUUCAUUAGUCCGUGAAGCAGAGAGCCCCCCUCCUCACAAAGUUGAUGAGAAUUUGUGGAAGAAUCGAGAACAGAUUGAAGAAAUACUUUUCCUAUCGGAAAGCUCCAACUGGCCACCAGUGCUCAAAUCGCAGUCAACCGCUGAAGAUGCUGAACUUGCUUCUCUUCUUGGACGGCUUGGGGAAAAAUUUCGAAAUACAUUGAAGGUUGUGGAGACUUUCCAAUCAAGGAAUUCCGAGUUUGUAUUCAACACUGGUUGGUCUUUCUGUGCUUCUUAAUUGUUGAGCUACUGCCAAUUUAUGAAUAAUAUUCAGAUCUAUCUAGAUUGUUUUCUUUUAGUCUGAUUGUUAGUUUAUGAGACAUCAUUACUCUCUAUUCCUGAUAAUUAAGUAAAAGAAUGUCGUCACCUGAGUGCUCGUUCUUGAGCCAGUAUGGGCAAAUGCUCCUUGUUUGUUCUAAAUUCAAACUCCGCUAUGUAAAGGGGAAUCAAAUGUUGGAUGAGUUGUGGUAACUACUAGGUUCCAGUAAAAUGAUAUGAUGAAAAGGUAAGAAACAUUAGGUAUAAGGGCAUUGGUGAUGGAUUAUACCUUAGGAAGCUUUAAGCAUAGGGAGUAGGGAAACAUGGGAAGCAGGGUCUAUUUUCAAGGCUAAAUAGGUGACUUGAAUGCAGUGGAGAUGGGAGGAGAAAAAAGAAAAACAUAUAGGAACCGCUUUGAGGUCCCUUAUGCAUCCACCACAAAAUUAGAAUUGCAUUACACAAUUGAAAGAAAUUAAGUUGCUUACACUUAACAACAACAACAACAGCAACUACCCCUCAGUCCCAAACAAGUUGGAGUCGGUUAUAUGAAUCUUCACUGACCACGUUACUCCAUUUAAAUUACCGCAUGUCAAUAUUGUGCAAAUAAAAAGUAUUAGAAGUUAUGUAUAUUUUCUAAAAAUAUAAAACUUUGAAAGGCUAAACCACUCAUAGAAAGCAUAAGACUUAUAGUAAAGUGCUAAUGUUUAAAACAUGUUCUUUACUAAUAUGUACCGCCUAUAUAGAUCUUUUCUUCCAUUGUGCCCUUUCUUUUGCUAAGUUGCAUGGAUCCCCAUGAUCAAACCAUAUCAACUGACCUUCCUUCAUUUUAUCCUCGAUAUGUGCUACUUGAACUUUCUCGCGGAUGUGAUUAUUUCUAAUCUUGUAUGAUCACACAUCUAUCUUAGAAUAUGCAUCUCUACGAUUUUCAUCUUGCGGAUGUGUUGAACUUUAGUGGCCCAACAUUCACUCUCAUAUAGCAUUGUUGGUUUUAUAGUUGUUCUGUAGGACUUACCUCACUUUGUUAGGCUUCCUUCUAUCGCAUAGCACUCCUAUAAUGCUUCUCCAUUUCGACCAUCCGAUUUGAUUCCAUGUGUAACAUAUUCAUUUUGUAUUUCCAUUCUCCUGGAAUAAUGAGCCUAUAUAUCUUAAUUUUUUGCAUUUAGGCACCAUAAUCCUAUCUAAUAUCACCUCAAUUUCACUUUUUGCAUGUUGACUAAACUUGCAGUGCAUAUAUUCAGUCUUACUUCUACUCUUCCUAAGACCCUUACUCUCUAGAGUGGUUUUCCAUAAUUCAAGCUUUUCGUUGAUACCCUCGCUGUUGUCAAUUAGCACAAUAUCGACCUCAAAUAUCAUACACCAAGGGACUUCAUCUUGUAUUGUGUUGGUCACGUCAUCCAUAUCAUACACCAACAGACUUCUGCUUCCAAAAUGCUCAUUGGAAGUCUCAACAUGUAGUCUGCACCUACACUCUUUUUUGUGGCCCUCACUCUCAACAAAUAAUCUAUCCUCUCAUUCUCUAUCAUUAGUCCCCCACCAAAAUGCACCGUCAUCAACAUGGUUUGCUCUGCCACCCUCCUCCUUUCUUCUCCUUAUCACCACUGUCAACCUACUCCCUUUUUCCCUGCAAACCACAUGUUAGUCGCUUCUCACUUCUCUUCCUCUCCAUGACUCUUUUCCCACCUCCAUGAUUUCAACUUCCUUAGUCACCCCACCACCAUAAUCAAAAGAGUGUUCAUGUGUGAACCCACCAUUUGGAGUUGGUUAAGAAUACUGAGACAGUUGAAUCUAAAGCUUUUGUUUGGAAGAUUCUAGCCCUUGGCAUAAUUUCUUUGCCUAUAUCCGAAUGAUCAUGAUGAUCUUAAACUCAAUUCCAAUUAUCAUAGUGUGAAGUUCUUGAUUACCACUAGACAGGAACUUGUUCAGCUUCAUAACAAGAACAUUGUUUUCGGAACAGUUCUUGAAUGUGAGUACUCAGAUUUAGAACUUUUAUCUUUUUAGUUGGCAUAUAUGCAUGUUUAGUGAAAAGGAUGCUUUGAUAUAGUGUAUGUUGUGACAAACUCAAAUGUUGCUUAAGAAAAGAGAUACGGUGUUGCAAAUCUCCAGGAUAUUAUUAGCAGAACUUGAAUUGUCAGGAUAAUGACUGAAAAAUCAAGGCUUAAAGAAUCGUGUCAGUCGCGUAAAUGUGCAGCAUUGGUCACUGGAGAGUUAGUGACACCAGAAAGAUCACUGGAGCUGAACUGUGUUUGAACGAUCAUAGAGCGAGGAGCGACGCUUGAACAAUUCCAGAAAGGAGUAAUGCAUGAAUGGUUGCUGGAGGGAGGAGUGAUCCUGAAUGAUUGUCCGAGAGUAGUGGCACCAGUUGUUGGAGACAGGGGCGAAUCUAAAGGUGUGAGUAUGGGUUCCCGGGAACCCAGUAGCUUUUGGCUAGAUCCCGUAUUUGUAUUAAGAAAAUCAU